AAUUUCUUACAUGUGCCACCUUACACGCACGUACCAAAAGAUCAUCCUCUACCUCUAUAAAUUGAAGUUCUUUCAAGCUUCGAUCUUUACACAUCAAACAGCCUUAAAUUUUGAAGCAACCAUGAAAGCUGCUUCCUUACUUCCCAUCCUUCUGCUUGCCUUCAUCAACCCAAAACCCUUAUCGGCGACUGGGGAUCCGCAGCCUUUACUUGACAGCAAUGGUGACCGGGUCCUCGCUGGAACUCCUUACUACGCAGUAACAAUAUACAGAGGACCUGCUGCCGGCAUCGUCAGCCUUGCCGGAGGCAGCAACUACUGCCCAUUUGAUGUCAUUCUAUCCACAAAACUGGACAGGGGUCAGCCAUUGUUGAUCUCACCAGCUACUGCAGUUCCAGGAGGAAUUGUUUAUGACUCCACUGACGUAAACAUCAAGUUCUCCAAUGUUUCAGAAGGCAUCUGCUCAGAGACCUCAUUUGUUUGGAAGGUAGCUGACUACGACACAUUUUGGGGCGCCUGGUUCAUAACAACGAACGGAACAGAAGGGAAUCCUGGAGCCUAUACAGUGCAAAAUUGGUUCAAAUUUGAGAGGUUUUUUGGGACUAAAAAUGUGUACUAUUUUGUUCAUUGUCCAAAAGUGUGCGCGACCUGUGUAACUUUGUGCAGCGAGGUUGGAGUUUUUACUACUACAAGAGCUCUGGCUCUGAAGCCUGAGAGAGAUUUUUUAGUGUUUCGGCUCGUCAAGGCUGAGGACUAUAAGCUGCUCCUUGCUGACAGUUCUUCAUCAUCAUCAUCCCAGCUCGAACUGUAAUCAGAUAAAAAUGGCUAGUUGAUCAUGUUUAGACUGCUGGAUUGUAAUAAUAGAAUAAGGUUGUUAAUGUUGUAAGAUCACUGUUGAAAAUUAAUUUCAAUAAAAGAUUCAUGCUUAAGUUCA